AGUGUUCUGUUUGGUGGCUUUUGCUCCUUUAUCACGUGCGCAAUCAUGUGAUGUGUAAAGGUUUCGUUCAAAAUGGCGACUGCAAACCUAGUUUUGUUUAUUUUCUGCAUGGUUUUAAUUUUGUUUUUAACAGUUGUGCAAUCAAAGGAUGGGUAUAAACUGUUCAAGGCUUCUUUGCCUAAAUCUCAAGGCAUGCCUUGGCCGCUCCCUUUUCAAAUGACAUUGUCAGAAGAUCAACUAUUAAUUGACACAGACCGGUUCGUCUUCAAUUUGGACCAGAGAUGUGACAUCCUCACGAUAGCGUUUCAGCGAUACAUGGAUAUUAUUUUUGGUGCAGUUAAGAAUAGAGUAUCACAAACAAAGAGCGAUUCAAACAGAACUUCAGUGUUUGAGUUUGCCAUUACGCGGCCACUACGGGAUGAUGAUGUUGUUACAGCUCUGCACGUUGAUGUUAAGGGACAAUGUAUGGAUGAUGCAUACCCCAGUCUCAAGUCGGAUGAAUCUUACAAUUUGAAGAUAAAUCCAAAUGGCUUCGCGACUUUGGAUGCAAAUGAAGUAUGGGGAGCAUUGAGAGGUCUUGAAACUUUUAGUCAGCUCAUCUACACAAAUAAUGGUGGUGUUUUGGUCAUUAACGUGACAUCAAUCACAGACAAACCACGAUUUCAACAUCGAGGUAUCCUACUGGAUACAUCCACGCAUUUCCUGUCAGUAAAUGCGCUCAAGAAAAAUUUGGAUCUAAUGGCCAUGAACAAGUUCAAUGUCUUUCACUGGCACAUUGUGGACGACCAGUCAUUCCCAUACGAGAGCUACACAUUUCCAGCAAUGUGCGAAAAGAGUGCCUACACAAUGGAAGAUAUUUAUUCACAAAAAGAUAUCGCAGAUCUUAUUGAGUAUGCCACAUUACGAGGAAUUCGUAUCAUUCCUGAAUUUGAUUCACCAGGUCACUCUCUGUCCUGGGGUCCGCCUUUUCCCGGAUUGUUGACAAAGUGUUACUCAGCCGGGAAGUGGGACGGUAGUUAUGGGCCUAUCGACCCGUCCUCAAACACAACAUAUCCCUUCCUGACCCAAUUCUUCGCCGAGAUCUCGCAAGUUUUUGAGGAUCAGUUCAUCCACCUUGGUGGGGACGAAGUUUCCUUCGACUGCUGGAAGAGCAAUCCUGAUGUGAAUGCAUUUAUGACACGAAUGGGCUUUCCUAAUGACUAUUCCAAGCUGGAGGAGUAUUACAUGACCAAGUUGCACACGAUUGUCGACUCUGUAAAGCGCAACUCUAUCAUCUGGCAGGAGGUGUUCGAUAAUAAUGUCACAGUAGCAGCCAACACGUGGGUGGAAGUAUGGAAGGGCGAUUACCAGAAGGAGAUGGCGGCGGUGACAGCGCGGGGAUACAAGGCGCUGCUUGCCUCACCCUGGUACCUUGACCUCAUAUCAUACGGCAGGGACUGGUUGAAAUAUUACCUCGCUGAUCCACAGGACUUUAACGGCACACAAGCUCAGUAUGACCUGGUUAUGGGCGGAGAGGCCUGUCUGUGGGGUGAAUAUGUGGAUGAUACAAAUGUGCUGUCUAGACUCUGGCCCAGAGCAUCCCCCGUCGCAGAACGGCUCUGGAGCCCUAUCGGGACAGUUGACAUCCAAUCAGCUGAGAUGAGGCUUGAUGAACACCGCUGCAGGAUGGUCAAGCGUGGAUACCCAGCUCAACCAUUCAAUGGCCCUGGUUUCUGUCCAGAAGAGUUCGUUGACAAAUAAAAUUUGAAAAUGUGAUGACACUUUGUCCAGCCAAUAACGAAUGAAGUGUAAGAUUAGAACUGUAUUUCGUACGUAAAUAUGUGUUUUUAUAUAUUCCAGUUUGUUUGGAAAUAUAUUGUUUGUUUUUAUUGAUUUAUAAGCAAUAAAAAAAAAUUAUAAACAUAUUUUAAUAUUUCAAAUAAAUCAGAUUAAAUUGAGAGUAAAUUGCUCCCUCCUUAACAUGUUUUGUGUCAUAAAAAAUAUAGUGGGCUUAAGCUGUAAGUAAAUAUUUGAUAAAAGCGAUAUGUUCAAGUAUUCAUCAAUAAAUGCAAUAUAACACAGUAAUAUCGUACAAAUUGAUUUCAUAAAGUAACCCUAUGUAAUCGGUUGCCUUCAUUAUAUAUGAAUAAUAGAAGCCUUGAAGAUUUAACACCUAAUGACUAUGUUUUAGAAAGUGACAGAAUAUCUACACAAUACAUGUCUUUAUAUGUGAAUAAACAACACUAAAAAAACACA